UUGGCAAUGAUAAAACAACAACUAAAAAUUCAUCAUCAUCAUCAAUAUUAAUACGUAAUAGACUUUUAUCACAAAAACAACGAUCAUUAGAAACAACAGAUUUUGAAAACAAUUAUCAAACAAUUGAUACAAAUAUUGAACCAAUAUUGGGCACUACUAAACAUCAUAGACGUAGUAUUUCAAUAUCACCAGAUUCACCAACAAUGUGGCUAGGCACAAUUAAUGGUGAAUUAUUGAUUUAUUCUGGUUUAAAUUCAGUACGAAUUGGAAAAAAAUCUAAAAUUGAAUUAAAUUCUGCCAUUGAAACAAUUGAAUAUUAUCGACAAAAAGUUUAUGUUUGUUUAGCCAAUCAAACGGUGGCUAUAUUCGGUAUAAAUAAUCAAGGAUAUUGGCAAAUUAAACCAGAACGUUUCGUAAACGAUUGCCAUUGUCAUAGAAUCUGUAUUGUUGCCGAAUUUGAAACAUUAUGGACAACAUCAUUGAAUAUGAUUUUUAUACGUGAUGUUCAACUUAAUCGUUUGACGGAACCUAUCCAUGUACAUGAAAUGGAUGAAAUUGAUUUCAUUGUAGAGAAUAAUCAAACGAUAUGUGUGGCAUCAUCAACCAAUUCGAUUGUCUAUCGUUUUCAAGCUAAUGAACCAUAUGAAUUAUUGCAAACAAUUUCUGUGGAAUCAUCAAUGGGAAAAGCAUUAAAUAUACCAUCAGAAGCAAUAAUUGCAUCAGAUUUUAUGACAAUAACAGCAAUGCAUUCAGUACGUGAUCGAAUAUUAUUAGGCACUGCUGUUGGUGUUAUUGUCAUAUUGGAUAAAGCCAAUACAUUGGAUAUAGUAUCAAAUGGACAUCGUAGUCAGGUAAAAUUUCUGACUAGUCUUUUAUCCAUUGAUGGUGAUCAAUAUAUUAUAUCCGGUGGUGAAGGUCAUGAUCGAUUUGUUAGUUUAGAUGAAAUGACAUCCGUUACUCCUGGUACAUUAAGUAAUCAAUUUAAAAAUUAUAUUAAAACAAUUGCUCGACAUUUUUUACGUGGUCGAUCAUCAGGCAGUAGUAGUGGUAGUGGUGGUAAUAUUUCAUCACCUUCAUCAUCUUUUUCAUCAAUAAAUAUGAAUCUACCAUCUCCAAUUGGACCAAUACAAUCAUCAUCAAGAGAUCAUCUUUUAACACCAUUAGUUGAAUCAACUAAUACUACACCGGUUAAUCAAUCACCAGUACCACCAAUUAGUGAUUAUAAUAAUGGCAAUCAACAACGAAAAUUAUCGGCAUGUGAAGCAAUGAUUUAUCUAUCACCUAAGACAGGAAACAAUAUGAUUGAUAAUAAUAAUCAUAAUCAUCAUCGAUCUAAAUCUGAAUCAUCAACACCAUCAACACCUGAACCUGAACCAUCAUCAUCAUCAUUAUUAUCAUCACCAUCACCAUCAUUAGCAGCAAAUUCAACAUCACCAACUUUGCCGCAAUCAUUAGCAACAGAAGCAGCAGUGCCACCACCACCGCUUCCUCCACCACCUCCACCUCCACCUCCCCCACCGCCACCGCCUCCACCGUCAUCUUCAUCUUCAGGAUCGUUAAAAUCAAGAACAUCAUCGUCAUCAACCGUAUCAAUAACGAUGAACGAUGAGAUUGAUACACAAAACUAUAUACUUAGCUGGCAAAUUCAAUUUUAAUCGAAUAAAUAGAAAAUAGAAAAUUAUUCACUCAUUUGGCUUAAUAAUACAAUAUUAAUAUUAGUUUUUUUUUCACAUUUAAAAAAAAUGAUGAAUAAAUAAACAGAUUCUUUAUUAA